CUAGGCUUGGGGGGGGGAUUCCUGAGGCUGGGGACUUCCUGAAUCCGGUUUGGUCGAGCAUUGCGGUACUGAAAGUCUUUGGGACGGGUUACUAUGAAAGUUACUUCUUAAAGAAGAUGUUGCUAAGUUAAUUUAAAUUGACUGUAUUACUCAAUGAACCCUUCAGCUGCAAUGAGAACAAAAUAGUACAUUUUUAGAUUCCCUGCUCCUCACAAUUUGCCAAAUCCAAAAAAAGUAACUUUUCACAAGGAUACUACAGAGUCAGUCUUUUUCAAAGGGCAAUUACUUUGUUAUCUGAAAUAUUAUCUGAAUAUAUUCUGUUUGGUCAACCAGUGAAAAAGAUGCUCCGCUACUGGGGUGAGAUCCCUGUUUCCUCCAGUCAGACCAACCGCAGCUCUUUUGACUUGCUUCAGCGGGAAUUCCGCACUGUAGAGGUCCAGGAUCCUCCAUUGCAUCAACCUUCAGCUAACAAGUCUAAGCCCACAACCACGCUUUAUAGUCCUUCAGAGCCCUGUAGCCUCACCAUUCAUACGGUCCAGCUAAUCCAACAUAAUAGGAGGUUGCGUAGUCUCAUUGCCACGGCCCAGACUCAGAACCAACAGCAACUGGAAGGUAUCAAGAUGGAAGGAAGUGAGUCUUUGCCAACUUGUCCUGGGUCUCCACCUCUCCCUGAUGACUUGCUUACUUUGGAUAGUAAAACACCCAAGAUGCCAUAGUUGAGGCACAGUGAUCCAGAAAGUGACUUUUACAGAGGCAAAGGAGAGCCAGUAAUAGAGUUGAGUUGGACCUCUUGCCGCCAGCUUCUGUAUCAAUCUAUAGCUACCAUUUUAGCUCAUGCUGGCUUUGAAUGUGCCCACGAAAGUGUUCUGGAGACUCUGACAGAUAUCGCUCAUGAAUACUGCUUGAAGUUCGCCAAACUUCUACGUUGUGCUGUGGAUAGAGAAGCUCGGCUUGGACAGACCCCUUUCCCAGAUGUUAUGGAACAGGUCUUCCAUGAAGUGGGCAUUGGCAGUGUGCUCUCUCUGCAGAGGUUUUGGCAACAUCGAAUUAAAGACUAUCAUAGCUAUGUGCUACAGGUUAGCAAGCAACUCUCUGAGGAGUAUGAAAAGCUUGUAAACCCUGAGAAGGCAGCAGAAGAUUUGAAACCUUUGAAAAUCAAGGAAGAACCUGUUAGUGACAUCACAUUUCCUAUGAGUGAGGAGCUGGAGGGGGAUCUUGCAUCUGGAGACCAGUCCUUGCCUGUUGGAGUCCUUGGAGCUCAGAGUGAACGCUUUUCAUCCAACAUGGAAACUGAGGCCUCGCCGCAAACUUCUGGUGGUGAGGUGAACACUUCUCCUCUUUGGAACUUGGCCCCAGUAAAAAUGGAACCACAAGAGAAUGAAGAAGGUAAUGUUCACGGACACCAUGGAGUCCUAGGUGGUGAUGUAUUUGAGGAGCCAAUGUCAGGUAUGAGUGAAGCUGGGAUGCCACAGAGCCCAAAUGGUUCUGAAAGCAGUUACGGUUCUCAUUCCGCUGAUAGUUUGAUGGGCUCUUCACCGGUUUUCAACCAACGCAGCAAAAAGAAGAUGAAGAAGAUGUGAAUUAUAGCUGGGAAGUUCUGAGAAUGUGAACUAAUUCAGAAAAAAUUGGACUGUUAUCAAGAAAAUAAUGUUUGAGUUGAUGGAUUUGGCAGGUUGUGAUUACCGUUCUACCUGAGAGACUUUCCACCAGCUGAAGGUCUAGAUGGCUUUCAGUGAAGCAAACACCCUACAGUGACAGUUUUGGCAAAAAAGAGGUGUGACUUUUGGUGAAAAAAGAUCAAUUCUGAUUACCCAUGGAAUCUUGUAAACCAGUGUAGUUUCUGGUCAGUUGGAUUUUAAGUAGUUUAAGCAAUGGUGCAAAUUGAAUUAAUGGUAAUAAUUUAAUAAGUGUUGACACUAUCUUUAAUUUGAAGAGUGGAAACUAUGGAAGAGGCAUGAGGUAUAACGUCGUAAUGGAAAUCCGUAAAUUCCAUUUCACUUUUGUUACAUAUUAUACUUUUCAUUUUUGACUAUGAAUUUAUACUUUGAAGAACAGGUUUUUAAUACAGAAUUUUUGUUCCAAUAUAAUUACUAUUACCGUUGGUUUUUGCUCAAAAUCAUGGCUGAUACCUGCUUUUCCUUUUAAUGAACUAACUCACUAUAUUUAAAGCUAAUAGAAACUAGUGAAUUUUAUGUAUUUAUGGUUUCUAUGUUUUAUGUUUUUAAUAUUUUUAUAUUUUGUUAUAUAGUACAUAUAUUACUUUGGUCUAUGAUUGCUGCAGUAAAAAAACUUUAUGAACUAUAUGAAGCACUUUUAAAAAAAAAAAUGUGCAUAAUUUUAUUUUCUUUAUGCUAGUCCAGAAGGCCAAUUUACUCAGAACAUUCAUCCAGCUCUGCAUACAAAUCUCCUAUGACUUAUUUCUUAAUUCUUUUUUACUUGCACUCUGAAUAUAUAAUUGAACCUAAAUUGAAUGCAGCUGGGAGUAAACUUUGAAAGAUAUGACAUCUUCAAAACCACUUUUAGUGAAGUUAUAUUAUAAUGUACUGUUCCUUUAUAAGUUUUUGUUUGUACCGUUGAUGCGCAAUGCUAAAUAUAUGUGAUCUGUGGAGGAUUUGUAUGAUACAUGGUUUUAAUUGUUGCUUUUUUUUAACCUACUCUUGGACAUCAUUUUUUAAAAUAAAAUUUCCCAUUUUUGAUCA